AUGAACAAGCUUUACAUCGGCAACCUCAACGAGAGCGUGACUCCAGCCGACUUGGAGAAAGUAUUUGCGGAGCACAAGAUCUCCUACAGCGGCCAGUUCUUGGUCAAAUCCGGCUACGCCUUCGUGGACUGCCCCGACGAGCACUGGGCGAUGAAGGCCAUCGAAACUUUCUCGGGGAAAGUGGAACUACAAGGAAAACGACUAGAGAUUGAACACUCGGUCCCCAAAAAACAAAGGAGUCGGAAAAUUCAGAUCCGAAAUAUUCCACCUCAGCUCCGAUGGGAAGUGCUGGACAGCCUGCUGGCCCAGUACGGUACAGUGGAGAACUGUGAACAAGUGAACACAGAAAGUGAGACGGCAGUGGUCAACGUCACCUACUCCAACCGGGAGCAGACCAGGCAAGCCAUUAUGAAACUAAACGGCCAUCAACUGGAGAACCAUGCCCUGAAAGUCUCAUACAUACCCGAUGAGCAGAUAGCACAGGGUCCUGAGAAUGGGCGCCGUGGAGGCUUUGGCUCUCGGGGCCAGCCCCGGCAAGGAUCACCUGUGGCCACAGGCGCUCCAGCCAAGCAGCAGCAAGUAGACAUCCCCCUCCGACUCUUGGUGCCCACGCAGUACGUAGGCGCUAUCAUUGGCAAGGAGGGCGCCACCAUCCGCAACAUUACAAAACAGACUCAGUCCAAGAUAGACGUGCAUAGGAAGGAGAACGCAGGGGCUGCCGAGAAGGCCAUCAGUGUGCAUUCAACUCCUGAAGGCUGCUCCUCGGCCUGUAAGAUGAUCCUGGAGAUAAUGCACAAGGAGGCAAAGGACACCAAAACGGCAGAUGAGGUUCCCCUGAAGAUCCUGGCCCAUAAUAACUUUGUGGGGCGACUGAUUGGCAAGGAAGGCAGGAACUUGAAGAAGGUGGAGCAAGACACAGAGACAAAGAUCACCAUCUCAUCGCUCCAGGAUCUCACCCUGUAUAACCCUGAGAGGACCAUCACUGUGAAGGGGGCCAUUGAGAACUGCUGCAGGGCUGAGCAAGAGAUCAUGAAGAAAGUUCGAGAGGCCUACGAGAACGAUGUAGCGGCCAUGAGUUUGCAGUCCCACCUCAUCCCUGGUCUCAACCUGGCUGCUGUAGGUCUCUUCCCAGCCUCGUCCAGUGCCGUCCCACCACCUCCCAGCAGCGUCACCGGGGCUGCUCCCUAUAGCUCCUUCAUGCAGGCUCCCGAGCAGGAGAUGGUACAGGUGUUCAUCCCCGCCCAGGCUGUGGGUGCCAUCAUCGGCAAGAAGGGACAGCACAUCAAACAGCUCUCGCGGUUCGCCAGUGCCUCUAUCAAGAUAGCUCCACCGGAAACACCUGACUCCAAAGUUCGAAUGGUUAUCAUCACUGGACCCCCAGAGGCUCAAUUCAAGGCCCAGGGAAGAAUCUAUGGCAAACUAAAAGAAGAGAAUUUCUUUGGUCCCAAGGAGGAAGUAAAGCUGGAGACCCACAUACGCGUGCCAGCUUCAGCAGCUGGCCGGGUCAUCGGCAAAGGUGGCAAAACGGUGAAUGAGCUGCAGAACCUGACUGCUGCUGAAGUGGUAGUGCCAAGAGACCAGACCCCGGAUGAGAAUGACCAAGUCAUUGUUAAGAUCAUUGGGCAUUUCUAUGCCAGCCAGAUGGCUCAGCGGAAGAUCCGAGACAUCCUGGCUCAGGUUAAGCAACAGCACCAGAAGGGACAGAGCAACCAGGCCCAGGCACGGAGGAAGUGA